ACAGUGCAGAUAAGUCGAUGGACAUGGAAGGUGAAGGAAUCCUGUCUGAUCAUCCAUAAUUCGCAACGAAACUAAGAAACCGACCAGGAUCAUGCUGACUGAUCAUUUGCUUUCCCCACACGCCACUUGGUGCGUUAUCAUGGCAUCGUCAUCAUCCGCCCAGUCCAUUCCCCUCUUCAACAUCAACAACAACAACAACAACAACCAGACAACAUGAUAACCCACAUCGUGCAAUUGCAAUUCAAGUCUUCAACCAGCCCCAACCGGGUUCAAGAAGUCUGCAGCAAUCUGGUCGCGCUGAAGGACAAGUGUCUUCAUCCGACCAGCCAGACGGCAUACAUCAAGUCCUUCCGAGCCGGGAAACAGAACUCGCCCGAGGGGUUGCACAAUGGCAUCACUCAUGUGUUUGUCAUGGAGUUCGAGUCCGAGGAAGACCGCGAGUACUACCUGAACAAGGAUCCCGACCAUCUGGCCUUCGUCAAGGGUCUGGGCGGGGAUAUUGAAAAGGUGCAGGUGGUCGACUUUACAAACGGCGUCUUUUAGAUUUACUUCCC